AUGGACAAAUCAGGACAUAAGAUAAAACCCCAGGUCGCGCCUAAACCUAUUCCCCCGCCUAAGCGUAUUCCAAGAUCGUCAUCUGUGGAAGACAAGAGUGCAGAAAAAGAUUUAAGUAAAGCCAAAAAGUCCGCGGACGUUGUUAAAGAUAGCAGUGCGGGAACUGAUAAACAAAAGCCGACAGAGUCGUCGUCUGGGCCAUCUAAAGAACCCCCUGUUCCUCCACCGAAAACCACACGUGGAUUCCCGAAUGGAAAACCCAAGUUAUUUCCAGGUCCAAUUGUUCAUCAAAGAUUGGAAGCUGUGGAUGCACACGGAAAUAAAAUUGAGAAGAAAGGGAAGGGAGAUAACAAGAAUAAAAAGACGGAUAGGCUCCAGAAAUCCAAUUCUAUUGAAACACCCCCAUCACGCUUGAAAGGUACUGGCUCUAAAAGUGACUCUGAUGAUUUCUCCGAUCUGGCGUCUGAUCUGGAUAUGGAGGAAAUCUAUGGCGAGCGGUACCGUGCUGAUGGUGCAAGUACUGAUGAUGCCUGGGACGAUAUGUCCAUAAGUACCGUAAGUAAUGAUGACGCCGAUGGUUCAACCUUUCGACGUAAAUAUCGACCCAAGUCCCUCAAUCUCUCUAGGUCACACAGUCUAACGUCCUCAGACGAAGAGGAAUCCCUGGAAGCAGCUGCGGCAUCAGCUGCAGAGGUAACGACCAAUUUGAACCAAGUACCAAAAUCGAAACCCACUCAUCCCCCACCCGUUGCCAAAAAACCAGACCUUAAGCUCGCCCCAAUCGUAACCGAAGAACCAAAAGCCAAUCUCAUGACUUCAUCUCUAGAAAUACACGAAUGUAAAGCAAUAAAUUCUCCCACGCCUCCACGAAGUCCAAGCUGGCGUGAAGGUUUGGAGAGUCCCCCAUUCUCGCCAAAAAGAAAAGAUCAUUAUCCUGGGAAGAAACGGUCUGGCUCCGUGUCACCUACGUCUCCUAAAGAAAAAAGGCAUCACUUUAAUUACAGUGAUUUAUCACCACCGUCUAGACAACCAUCAGUAGACGAACUUUACGGAGAUCAAGGGCCGAGCAAAGACACUACUGCCCCUUUAAUUAACAUGGCACAAAAACCAUCACCGUUGUCGCCUGAAGAGAUCCCCAAUUCCAUCAUAGGAACAUCGGGAGAGCCAUUUUCAUUCAGUAUGCCCGUUCGUGAUAAAUUCAAAUCAGAUCUUAGUUGCUUUCAACCCGCUAAAAUAGCGGAGGAUAUCCAUGACCAGGUACAGGUUAUGGAUCUAGCUACCUAUGCGGCAACCAUUGCUAGCAGCACAGCUAGUCUGACAUCUAUGAGCGUGUCACCAACUACUUUACAGGUUAAUGCUUCGUGUUACAAUAAUGAACAUGGCUCACCGGAAUCCAACGAUAGUCCUGAUUCCAACUCACCAGUAUCGCCGGGCUAUUAUGAUAAUGUUUCAAAUUCCGGCGAUAUGGAAGAUGUAGAAUUGGCUGAUCCAUCUACUAAAUCAAUUGACUACCAAGGAUCUAAGAGACAAAAGGCGAGACCUCCCACUACUGAUUGGUCCCCUGUGAUAGAUCUGUCCCCGAUCCUAGAUGUCUCCCCAUCUAUUGAAGAAGCAGAACAAGAAGAUAUGUUGAUGAAGCAAAGGGAGGAAUUCUUAAGACAGAAAUCCAGAGAGGAAGAAAUAGAGCGAGCGGAGGCGGCCAUGGCGGAACAGGAUGAAGAAGAAGAGGAAGAGGUGCAGCCAAUCACAGACGAAGUGCAACCACCACUAGCUACAGUACCGCCUCCAGCGGACCAAUACUUAUACAGAUCAUUGCGACGUUACGGAAAUUUCGAAGAUAUGAGCAAAAUUGGUGACAACGGCUUGACUCUGAGUACUCUGUCCGAUGAACUGAAUGGAAAUGACCCCAGCUACCACAUAGAGGACUCUCCACCGAAGGAUGAAUUUGCAAUGAUGCAUUGCGCCAGUUUAGCCCAGACUCUGUCCACUGAAUCAACUCCGCAUUAUAGUAAGUCACCAGUCUUUCAGGGUGAUACAGUUGGCGACUCGGCUCAUCAUAAAUCAGUAUUAGAGACAAUAACCAGCAUCGAAAUAAGAAAAAUAAGUCAGGACUUAGAAGACAUUGCUAGAAAAGGGGUGGCUGAAUUCAAGCCUCUACCACCGCCUAAACCAAGACGAAAACUGCCCGAGCCAGGGGUUGAGUCUACUCCUAAGAAGAUACCACCGAUUCCUGCACCAAAGCCAUCCAUGUCAGUGCCGAAAACCGUGGCUACGGAAGAAUCAAAACCACCUACUAGUGAUGAACCGAAAACUGUUUCGGAUGACAGACAGCUUCAAAAACAAGACUCGUUUGAAAAAAAGACAGCCAAAUAUUUGAAAGCACGACCAAAUCCUAUUUUAGUCGAACAUAUAGAAUCCGAAGAACAAUCUGUAUCGCCACAAUAUAAAGUGUUGGAUUCGCCACCUACACCUGAGCAAAAACCUAUCAAGAGGGAAUUCUCAGAGAGCACGUCCGUGUCUCCUUCUUCCUCUCCUGACCAGGAUGUGUAUAUGUUCCCUUCCCCCGUUACUCCUCCAGAUUCAGAUUCAUCUCCACCAAAGCCCCACUCUCCAUCCUCGACAGGUACAGACCUUGAUGAUGAUGCAUCCCAUAAAUCUUCUCGAGAUGAUUUGAUGGGCUUAGAUGAACCUGUCCCGACCUCUACUGCCAAACAAUCACCAAUUAAACCCGUUGGCACCAAACCAGUGUCACAGCCAAUACCCAUACCAUCAGAUGCA